AAGAAUGGUAAGUCCUAAGAUGUUGAAAAGAUUCUUGAGAUGAAGACUUAUCCAUUCAUUUCUUAUCAUGAGAUUCAAGGAGCAACAAAUAAUUUUGAUGGAUCAAAUUUAAUUGGUGUGGGAAGCUCUGCCUCUGUGUACAAAGGAACAUUAUCUAGUGGAACUGUGGUGGCUAUAAAGGUUCUGGAUUUGCAAAGUGAGCAAGUAUGCAAGAGGUUUGAUACUGAAUGUGAAGUGAUGAGAAAUGUUAGGCACAGAAAUCUUGUACCGGUGAUUACUACUUGUUCUAGUGAAUAUAUAAGAGCCUUUGUUCUGCGGUAUAUGCCCAAUGGAAGUCUUGAUAAUUGGUUGUACAAAGAAGAUCGCCACUUGAACCUUCUUCAAAGAGUCACCAUAAUGCUUGAUGUAGCUACGGCGAUUGAAUAUCUACACCACAGUCAUGACACUCCGAUAGUUCAUUGUGACCUAAAGCCAACCAACGUUCUUUUGGACGAAGAAAUGGUGGCACAUGUUGGUGAUUUUGGCAUCUCUAAGAUUUUAGCUGUAAGAAAGUCUAUGGCACAUACAGAGACGUUAGGCACUCUUGGAUAUAUUGCACCAGAAUAUGGCUCGGAGGGAAUAGUGUCCACUAGUGGUGAUGUUUACAGCUAUGGCAUCAUGCUAAUGGAGAUUUUGGCAAAAAGAAGACCAACAGAUGAAGAGAUAUUCAAUGAAAAUGUUAGCUUGAGGGAGUGGAUAAAGAAAGCAUUUCCAAGAACUAUGAUGGAAGUUGUGGAUGCUAAUAUUUUUCACGAGGAAGAAAAAUCACUUCCAAAAGUGAAUUUUGCAUAGCCUCCAUGAUAGAAUUGGCUUUGGAUUGCACAAAUGAAAAGCCAGAAUCAAGAAUAACCAUGAAAGAUGUAGUCAAGAGGCUUAGCAAAAUCAAGAAAACAUAUUUGGAAAUGUAGAAGUUAUCUCUUUCAGUGGAGUGGUGUGCUUUCUGACCUGUAAGUUAAUAUGUUGCUUUUCUUUUACAUGGUUUCUU